AUGUCGCAGGUGCAAGCUCCGCCAGGUUUGGAGGCGGUGAGCUGCCAUCAUGCAGUCUGCUCAGGUGCUGCCAACGCCGGAGGCGCUGGCGGCACCGGCGCUGUGCUGGCCGAGGAUCUCAAGGCUGAACUCAUCCGGCAGGUCACAGAAGCAUGCCAACAGCAAGUGAGCCUCAAGACCGAGGAAGCAGUUGAGGCGCUUUGGAAAAGGGGGCAGAAAGCCAUCACGAGCAUGCAGCAACAGCAUGCAGCUUCCACGGAGCAGCUGCGGAGUCAACUGGCGGCAUGCACAGAGUCCUACCGUAGCCUUGAGCGUGAGACUGUGGUGCUGCGGGCCAACCUUGAGGCGAUGAUGAAGCAUUUGACGCUUCUUUUUGGAGUCCCUCCGCACUGCUCAGCAUCCUUCCCGUCCUUCGACCAGGUUGGACUGCCCGAGGAUGAGGAGCCCUCCCCUCUUCCUGUUUAUCCGACUGACGAGGCCGUUCAGGCUCAACCAGCACAGACCUCAGGCACUGGUUCUGAAACCGUGCCAUCGCCGACCUCACUCGCAGAGCAGACUUCUUCAAGCCCGGCAUCAUCAACCACAUUUACGUUGACUCUCCGCAGGGCAGACACUGUUCCCGCUGGAUUGAUGGUUCAAGGCGAGGAUGGUCUGCUGGUGGAAAGAGUUUUGCCUGGAGGAGCGGUGGAAGCCUGGAACCGGCAAUGCCCCGGCGACUUCCGAGAGAUCCGUCCUGGGGAUCGAAUCAUCAGCAUAAAUGGGCAAGAGGACCCUUGUGCGAUGCACCAAGAGUUCCUGACCAAGUAUUUGUUGAAGAUGACCGUACGGAGGGAUGAUACCUUGCGAGCAGAUGCAGAGGAGUUUGUGCUGCAGGCCUGA